UAUCUACCAAGAUGGCGGCAAAGAAGUUUACAAAUAUCCGAAGUGAUAGCAGCAGUAACUCAGGCCGCUCCACAGAGUCACGAGUUUAUUUAGGCAAUUACUUCCCGAUAAGACUGCGAAAUGGAGUAAUUUCCUAUGGUGCAUGGCUACAGUCUUACAAAGCAGAACAGCUGCGCCGUCUCAAUACUGUAUUAAAAACAAAGAUUAUGUCCAAUGAGGAAAUCAAAGAACGAUUAAAACAACAUACACAAAGAAAAUCUCCCAAAGGCAUUUGGCAAAAAUCUUCUUUUCUUUUUGAUACUCCUUAUAUUCUGAAACAUUGCAAAGUUACAGAUCCAGAAGAACUAUUCAGCUUAAAAAUCUCAAACCAAGGGCUAAAUCUUGCCAAUUCUGAAGAUUUUCAUUUCUUCACAAACUUGGAAGUCAUUGAUGCUGAAGAUAAUUCUUUGAAAUUAGAGGCAUUUAAAUCAUUCAGUCGUCUGAUACAACUUAAACUACCAUUAAACAAACUAACGGAUUUAAGUGUGAACUUUGGUGAAUUUCCACAUCUUCAGUAUCUUGAUCUUUCUUACAAUAACCUAACAGGAGAUUGUUUCAAAAGUUUAGGAUUGAUGCCAAAUCUACAGUACCUAAAUUUAGGAAACAACGACAUAUCAUACCUGCCAGCAGACUCCACGCAAUGUUUCUCAUUGUCAGAAAGUGGGAAAGGUCGAUAUAUCCGAUUUCCCCGUUUAGAAGUAUUAAAAUUGAACUACAACAAACUGGAAAGUCCUGACAUCUUCAUACCUCUGGCAAAUAUAACUCACUUGAUAUAUUUAGACCUUGAAGGAAACAGCAUCUACCAUAUUCCUUGUUUGGAGAAGGAGAGUACAGAAAGCUUUUUUCCUGUAGGGGACAGUACUAAACAGGAUACUCAGCAACCAGAAAUAAAAAGAAAGGAAACCGGUUAUUACAGAGUUGUUGAUGAUGAGAGCCAGAAAGAUAACUUGGAAAAGUCAAAAGUAGCUGUUAAAGAUGUGGAAUACCAGAAAUCUUCAGAUCAAGCAGAAAGAACACUGGAAGAUGAAAACCUAAAACGCCAAGAUCUCAGCAAAGACAUCAAUGUCAGAGAAAAUCAGCUUCUUGAAGUGUUACUUGACACUACGGAAGAAUUAUCUAUCAGUCAAAAUGGAUCACUUGCCAGUAAAGUAGCAUUACCUGGCAGUAGAGAAAUAUUACAAACCAGUGAGGAUAAAUCACAAACCAGCAGAGAAGAAAAUGCUGAAGAAGCAUUUGGCCAUGGAGAAGGAUCAGUUACUAGUAUAGAAAGAAAAACUGGGCAUACAGAAGUAAUAUUUGGUAGCCUGGAAGAUUUAAGUGAAAGGAGGGAAGAAGUAUAUAGUAGUAAGGAAGAAGCACUUAGUAGUAGGGAAGAAUUAUGUGUCGAUAAGGAAAGAUUACCUAACAUUAAGGAAGAAUUAAGCAGUGUUAAGGAAAGAUUUCCUUGCAAUAAGGAAGACGAAUAUGGUGAUCGGGAACUGUUACUUUGCAUUAGAAAAGCAUCUCAUAGCUGUGAUAGUCUUAGAGAAGGUAUAAAAAAAGUACAGAAAGGCAGGGAAGGAUCAGAUGGCAGUAGAAAAGGAUCACAUAGGAGUAGAAAAGGAUCACAUGACAGUAGAAAAGGAUCAUGUGACAGUAGAAAAGGAUCAUAUGACAGUAGAAGGGGAUCAGAUGUUAGUAGAAAGGGAUCAGUUAGCAGUAGAAAGGGAUCAGUUAGCAGUAGAAAGGAAUCAGAGGACAGUAGAAUGGGAUCAGAUGGCAGUAGAAAAGGAUCAGAUGACAGUAUAAAGGGAUUAGAUGACAGUAGAAGAGGAUCAGAUGACAGUAGAAAGGUAUUAGAUGACAGAAGAGCACGAUGUGCCAGUAGAAAAGGAUCACAUAGAAGUAGAAAAGGGUUACGUAGAAGUCUGAGAGGAAUGGAUAGCAGUAGGGAAGGAUUGUAUGGAAGUAAGGAAAAAUUAGGAAGCAGUGAAGUAAUAUUUAGUAGUAGGGAAGAGCUCUCCGGCAGUGUAGUAGGAUAUACUGAAAGUAUGAGAGAAUUAUCUGCCAGUAAGGAAUGUUUACAUAUCUGUACAAAUCAAGACUAUGAUGACAGUAAAGAUUAUUGCAGUGGAUGUUUAACUGACGAACUUGCUGCAAGAACUCCACUUUCUACUGUUUUAAAUGAUUUAAGUAAUAACGAGUCAUUUCUUUCUUCUCACUUGUCUGAUGAAAUGCUCUUAUUGGAAGAGAUUCCAUCGAUUGAAGACCUGAAAUUAUUCAUGAAUCUGUCAAAACUCAAGGAAACUUCUGAUAGGCUGGUUGAUGAGGAAGUUCCUCUCGAAUCCUUUAAUCUGCUUGGGAUAGAGCAGGAAGUCAAAGAAGAAUCACCACCGCAGACGCCAGCAGUAGAAUUAGAUGCUGAUCCUCUGCAUCCAACUGACUCUCAAUUGGAAUGUGAAGUAGAGUCUGAUGAGUUCACUUCUGAUGUGUAUUCUUUUGAGUCAAGUGAACAGGUAUCAGAGGAAAGUGAAGCACCCAUUGUAGAGAUGCAAAGCAAGACCUGUAAUUGCUACAGUACACGACCUGUGAGAGAAAACAAGGAAUAUAAGAUACCUUUUUCCCAGUUGACUAUUCUCAACCUUGCCCACAACAAUGUGUUUUGUCAAGAAGCUUUAAUGGCAGUAGCAGAUUGGCCUAUGAUUCAACAGAUAUUUCUGUUUGGUAAUCCAAUAAUGGCGAAUACCAGAGAGAAGGAAAUUUCCAUGAUGACUGCAACUCUUUGUGACAGACUUGGUGUUGAUGUUUUUUGUAAACCUCUCCAUGACCAGGAUCAACGUCACCUCGAGAUACAGGUUAAUAAUUCACGGAAAGUUAAAUCUGUCGUUCGAAAGGUUCCCAAAGUACCUGUGGAAAAGUUGAUGGCAAUUGAAGAUGCCCAACCUUCAUGGGAACGACCAUUUAGAAAGGGCUGUUUUAAAACAGAAUCUAGUGAGGAGAAGAGCAAAACUGUCUCGCUCGAAGAAUAUCCACCACUUGUCAUUGAAGAUAGUCAAACAAAAUCACCAACUUCAGACAAAGCCCUGCCUAAGAAUACUGAAGAUCAACCAUUCUUUGUUACACAGCCAAAAGAAGACGGAGAAUUUAUAGGCAUGAAACAAUCUGCAGAUGGAAGAAAACGUAAAGUAUCGAAAAAGGCAAAAGCUAAAACGACGAACGAAGAUUUGUUAAAUACAGAAGCUAGUCAUGACGAAAAUUCUUCAGCAUAUAGUCCAGUUAAAGGAAAAUACAAAGGUUAUGAAGUGCUUUUUGAUGACGAUGAUGUCAGUACAAAGAUUAUUUCUUCUAAUGAUAAAUUAAUGAAUAUCAAUGCACUACGCCAGGCGCUAAAAACUGAUUUACCAUUCAAAAGACGCAUUCCAAAGAAUUUUACACAAGAACUUGUUUUAAAAUCAAAGGAAGCUGCUUCAAAGCCUGGAGACAGUUUUGAAGAGCGGAUCGAUAAAGUCCUACUGAAUAUCCGAGAGCAAACUGUAUUGCAUGAAGUUAACCUUGGUGAAAUAUUCAGCAAUCGAGCCUUAUACAAGGAAGAAUACAAAGAAGCCCGAAGGCUUAUAAAACGGGUUGAGAAUUACUAUGCGAAUAGUUUCUUUAACAAACGCCGACAAAAAAAUGUUCAAGACAAAAAUGAGUCAAAAAAACCCUGAAUUUUCCUUCCUUCUUUGUGUUUCAUCACAUUCAGAAUAAAGAGUUGAUUAAAAGAAUGUUUUAUAUCUAGUUUCCAUUCAUUUAUAUGAACACU